AUGCUUUUCAACGCCAUUGUCGGCUUUGCUUUGGCCACGAGUGCCAUUGCGGCCCCGUUCACGGUGUCUGGCCUCAACAGUACCAAGUGGACACCGGACCAUAUCCUGCAGCCAGACGAAGUUAUCUUGUAUGGAGAGGGCCGAAUGGAAGUCGUCCAUGAAUCUGUUUACCACGCACUUAUGGCGGAGCAGGGCCUCACUGGCAAGCCAGAAGCGCCUGAACUUCCCAGUACCCCAUAUGCGAGCCACAAUGGAUCCGACCUGAGUGCCAGAGCCAACUGCCAUACGACUGCCGUCGUGACCGACCGCUCUGAAACCUUCAUCGACUGGGAUGUGCAGAUGUCUCCUGUGGUUAUCGGUGCUGGAACCGGUAUCGAUGUCUACGUCAGUUCCGGGUACAGCGUCAGCAACACUCUCGAGGUCACCGCUGGCUUGGAUGUGACUGCUAUCAAAGACAAGUUGGGUGCCUCACUCGGGAUUGACUACUGGCGCACCUGGUCUACCCAGACCGUCGUCAACAUCAAAGGAACGGUUGCAAAUGGUUACUCUGGCGUGAUGAUCACCAAGCCCACCACGACACGCAGAUAUGGACGUAUCCUCACGGGUUGUCUCGGCUCGCAGAAGCAAACCGGCACAUUCGUGGCAGAUAACCAUGUCGAUGGCUCUUAUGCUGGAGUGAAAUGGGUUCAGGGUGCUAUCACUAUGUGCAUGAAGAAAGAGUACCCUCUCUCUCGCUGCGAAGGAGGUGGCUACUUUGUCUAG